AUGUUUUUGACGAACACUGUCGGCGUGGGAGAAAAGGGAGAAGAGGGCGGCAGCAUAGCUGUGCAGCAACUCAUCGACAGCGUCAAGCGCAGCCUCCGCCGCAAGGGACUCGAAAGCUGCGAGGUCAUGGUGCGCGUCUACGCUAACCUCGUGGGCUUGUCUAAGUUCCUCUGGAAGAACGGGCCCUGCGGUGCUGAAAAGCGUUCCCUCUCGUACUUUGUCGCAGGCUUUAAUAGCUCUUAUGGCCUCGCCGACUUUGUCGACGCCGGCGAACUAGAGAAAAUGCCGACUUCAAGCUCAAAGCUAUCCUCUACCUCUACGCCGAUAAUGCCCAGUGCAAGCAUAUUAACUUUGCCGCCUGACAUGACAUGGGCUACGUCUCAGACCUUACUCCCUAUAGGGUUUGAGAAGCUCGGCAUGAACAUUGAGAGACUAUAA